CUAGCAGGGAGUCCGAUGACGGGCAGGCAACCCCCGUCCUCUGGAUCCACAUCCCACGGUGCAGGCGCGCUGCAUUCGUCGCCGCCAGACGUUCGAACAACCCCGCCAGGCGCUGCUGCUGCCUUUAUCCAGAUCCAGAUAAGGCGCCACCGGCCACGCCGCAGGCCCGCAGCGCCGCGCAAACCCCCCGUGCCUGACCAAAAGGGAACCUCGCCGCGGCCGUCGAUCGAUGGACACCGCCGCCGCCGCCUCGUGGGGCCUCCUCGCCCCGGCCUCCUCGCCGCCGCUGCGCGUCAGGCAGGCGCCCAAACGGAAGGCGACCUUGGCCAGGUCCACGUCCAGGCUCAGGCUCCACUGCCUGCCCCACGGCAAGCCUGCGCCGCCGGCCACGGAGAACUCGCCGCUGCAGAGGCUGGCGGCGGCGUUGCAGUGGGGCGCCGUCUGGGCAGCCGUACGUACGAGAGCCUCGCUCGAUCUGACACCGUUGAGGCGCCGGCGGCGCUGGCGGUGACCGGGGAGGAGGACAUCGACCUCCUGGGGAUCCUGCCGCCGAUCGCCGCGUUCUCCUUCUUCUACUUCCUCGUCGCUCCUCCGCUGAUCAUGAACUGGCUGAGGACGAGGUGGUACAAGCGCGACUUCGUGGAGACGUACCUGCACUUCAUGUUCACCUACCUCUUCUACCCCGCGUGAGUGCACUGCUUUACUUGCUGAUGUGUCAUGGAACCAUGACACGUCACCUACCUCAGGCAAUGUUUCUAGAAUCUAGAGUCUAGUUAAGGUAAUCCAUUAUAUAUAUAUAUAUAUAUAUAUAUAUAUAUAUAUAUAUAUAUAUAUAUAUAUAUAUAUAUAUAUAUAUAUAUAAGUAUUCUUGUAACACAUAGUAAUCCGUUUAGGGAUUGGAACACUAGCAACAACAAAAAAACAAACAUCCCGUAUUGAGUUGAGCCGCAGACAUCCCAAAGUGUUUAUUUGUUGGGUUACCAAAAUGAGUCUGCUAAUCUAGAUUAAGAACGUAGUGGGUCUGAAUCGAAUCUAACCUCUAGGCUCUAGCCGCAAAGACACAUGGUCCAACUUCUUUCCAAGAUGCCAGGGCGAGCUUCUGUUUCAGGUGCUCCUUUGCAUCAAUUUCUGUCACACACAGCUGAACUAGAGAACGACUGUUUACAGAAAAAUUCACAUUUCCUUUUCCUUUUCGUUGUCUUGCCUGGCAGUAAGAUCGGUAUUCAUAAUUCCUUAUUCCUCUAUCAACUUUAGAAGUCUUCAUUUCUGUUUCAAACUAAAUCCAGU